GGGCAGCUCGUCGACCCUCCACCACCACCACACAUUCACCAGUUGGCAGCCCGCACUCGCUCACUAAGCUGCCCUCUACUACUCGUUCCCCGAGCUGUCUUCUACACUCUCGGGCAUCUCUUACCACUUGAAACGUAAUCCCAUUACCGUCUUGGCUUUGCCAACGCUCGCGUUAUUCUUCCUUUAGUGUUAAAUUCACGCACAACGUUUAAUCGGUAAAUUGAUUACUUUUCGUAGCUAUCACAGAGAUAUUUCAUACAUUAGCGCCUAUAUCACAUAACGCGCCUCCACGGUCAACUUUUCGUAAAGUUACUAAGCAAUACUACAGGACUACAGGUAUCCCAACCUGUCCUUUGAGACCCGCUCGACGACACCGUCAGGAUGGGUAACGCGUUCUCCAGUUGCCGGGAGUCUAGCUGCUUCAGCUGGCUCUUCCCCAAGAAGCCCAAUAACUUGCCCUCCAAGCCCGAGCCCGUCGACCGCCCCAAGCCCAUAACACCAGAGUAUACGGAGGACGCUGUAAUCAUAGAGGGGAUUCUGGGAGAGUUCUUGGUGGUGAAGGAGUUUAACCUGGUGAGUGGUGACAAUGGCGGCCUUCACCACACGAGCCAAUACGAGCUGAUGGAACGAGAGAAGCCUCGGCUGGUGAUCCGUAGAGGUCAAGAGUUCACCAUCGUCCUCGUCACCAACCACACCAUGGACAAGGACAAAGACAAGCUCUCUCUCGUCUUCACGGUAGCUGAUGCCAAGAACCCAAACUUUGGAAACCAGACCCUUGUUGGGGUUGGUGUUGGUGUGGGGUCAACUAAUGGUUGGUCUGCCAGUAUAACGGAUGUAUCGGACUCCUCGAUAACACUGAAGGUGAAUACAUCCAGCAGUGCUAUCAUUGGAGAGUGGAAACUGGAAGUUGACGUACAGUCUGGCGAGAAGACCCAUAGUUUUCCUUGCAAAGACACGUUCUUUAUGCUCUUCAAUCCCUGGUGCAAAGAUGAUGCUGUGUACCUGGAAGGGGAAGCAGAGAAACAAGAGUAUGUGCUUAGUGACUCUGGUCUCAUCUGGAGAGGUACAGCCUCACGCCUCCGACCUUCUCCCUGGAACUUUGCCCAGUUUGAAGAAAAUGUUCUAGAGUGUGUACUGUAUAUGCUCACAUCAGUGUGCAAGAUGUCACCUGCCAACAGAAAUGAUCCCAUCAAAGUGACCCGAGCAAUAUCAGCAGGGGUUAACUCUCCAGAUGACGAGGGUGUUCUUGUUGGCAACUGGGGUACAGACUACAGUGACGGCACUCCCCCGACAAAGUGGGGUGGCUCUCAACUUAUCCUUCAGGAGUACUUCAACACAAAGAAACCUGUCAAGUAUGGACAGUGUUGGGUGUUUUCUGGAGUAGUCACCACUGCCUGCAGGGCUGUGGGCAUCCCUUGCCGCUCGAUUACCAAUUUUUCCUCGGCUCACGAUACUCAUAAUUCCCUUACCAUUGAUUACUUCUUUGAUAAUGAGGGUGAAGUGAUAGAGAGUCUGAACUCUGACUCUGUGUGGAACUUCCACGUUUGGAAUGAAGUGUGGAUGACGAGGGAGGAUCUUGGACCCGAGUAUGGUGGCUGGCAAGUCAUUGAUGCCACACCACAAGAGGAAAGUGAUGGUCAGUAUCGCUGUGGACCAGCAUCUUUAGCUGCUAUUAAGAAUGGGCAAAUUCAGCGACCGUAUGAUGUACCCUUCAUCUUUUCCGAGGUAAAUGCUGACAAGCUCUUCUGGAAAUACCGUGGCGACAGCCAACCUAUGAAGCUCCUGGGACGCAAGACAGGAGGCAUUGGCCAGUUUGUGAGCACAAAAGCAGUAGGCAAGUUCAUGCGAGAGGACGUUACUCACCUAUACAAGUUUGAAGAAGAUUCAUCAGAGGAGCGUACUGUGAUGCAUAAUGCCCUUAGGAUGUGCGAGAACAUCUUUGCCAGAUACUACCUGAAUGAGGAGUUGGAGGAUGUAGAGUUCGAUUUCCAAUUGAAUGACGAUAUAAUUAUUGGUGAACCCUUUACGACUUCAGUGGUAGUGGAAAAUAAGAGCGACAAGGAAUACGAUGUGGAGGUAUUACUAAGAGCAGACACCAUGCUGUACACUGGUGUUACAAAGGACCUCGUCAAGAAGCAUAAGAUAGAUAUUUCAAUGAAGCCGAAAUCAAAGGAGACAGUGGUGAUGGAUGUGAGCUUUGAUGAAUACUACAAGAAGCUGGUGCAUCAGUGUGCUUUCAACCUUUCCUGUCUUGCCAAUGUCAAACAAACUAGCUUUGAGUACUUCGCUCAAGAUGACUUCCGCUGCAGGAAACCCGACAUAAAAAUUGAGUAUGAAGGAGAGAUGGCUGUGAACAAGGAAACAAAGUGUGCAGCUUACUUCACCAAUCCUCUUCCAAUGGCACUCACCAAGGGACACUUCACUGUGCAGGGUGCUGGUCUAACUAAAGUGCAAGUCAUUAAACUAAAACAGAAUGUCCCAGUUAAAGGAGAGGUGAGGUGCGAGUUCACAGUUCUGCCAAGCAUAAGUGGUGAGCGUACGCUGAACAUCAUGUUUGACUCCCAUCAGCUGGAGGAUGUUGAUGGACUCCUCACACUGCAGGUUGGAGAGGCUUUACCAACACCUGCGGACUCAAAUGGUGCAGAAUUGCGCUGAUGCCUCUGCACCCCCAUACUAGUGGGAAAUGUGGUAAUCAUUGUAUGCCAGAAGUGGUGAAGAGCCUUGCAGCAAACCAGAGCUGCCAGCAGAUGAUGUAAAACCAAAUAAGGAAAAUAUUGAAGAAAUAUAAAUAUUGAAGUUGCUCAAGGAUGGUGAAGUUUAAAUUAUUUCCCUUAAUAGUUCUCACUGAUAAAGUAUAAGGUGAGGCAGUAGGGAAAUUGAAUCAAAAUUGGCCAUUUUGUACAGCUUAUGUUACCGAAGAAAUUUAACACUAAAAUAUUAUACCAAGUAGAUGGUGAAAUUACUGUUUUUUUUAACUUAGAAUUUUUAACUUGUCUGCACUUCAUAACAUUUACCAUGUUUCAUGGGUAUAAUGACAUUUACAGAUUCUAAGGACACUGUUAAGCCUGAAGUUUUGUUGGUUUUGUAAAAAAAAAAAAAAGUAAAAAAAAAAAUUUGCACAUUUUUCUGGCCUAACUGGAAAAUUGAAUGCAUGGACUAGAGUAUUUUUAAGAUAUAGUAAUGUCUUUUGCUUCCCAUGAUUACAAUGUUAAAAAAUCGUGCUACACUUAUAAGCAAAUGAAUAAUCAGUGAUAAAAUUAUUCUUGUUUAGUGUGACGGCAAAUAAAUUAACUUCCAAUUACAGUGCAGUAGUUAAAUUGUUUGUUGAUAGAGAGGUGACGAUGCUCAAAGGACUAGAUGUGCCCCAUUUACUUGCAUUAGUUACUAAAGUACAAGGCUAAACUCGUAACCUAACCUCUGCAGUAUUACUAUUCCAGACCUCUUCAAAAUGGUACAUUACUUUCAUUACGGUUAAAUCUUGGUUCGCAAAUUUCCCAUGGAAAUAUAACGGCCCUAAUAGUGUCACUGGUUACAGGACCCUUAAUUCCCUCAAAGCUUUCUGGCAUUUUUGUGUUUUCCUCUAAUGUAAACACACAGGAAAGAUUUACAGAAGUUUUUACAUCCCUUUGCUCCAUUUAGUUUGUAUCAAAGGGAAAUACUUUGUAUAAUUUUGAUUAAUACUGGUGUAUGAGUUGUGUAACAUGACAUUUUAAACCAUUUAGAUUGAAACUAUACUUUAGCAUGCCAUGUAUCACUUGUCAUUCGUAUAAAUUUUAUUCUAGUUUGUGCAUAAUUUGGUUCAUAAGCAGCUUGUAUAUUAUAUAAACCAAAGAAUGUACUGUACUAGUUUCAUGCAUUAAAAUGUAUAAAUGGUUUUGGCAAGGUUGGUUAAUACAUAACUUAAAUUCUAUAUUUAUAAGUUGAGCAUCCAGGCUUGGUUCCUUCUGAUUACUUAUAAAUGAAGCAGCUAAAUUACUUUAGUGUAGCUUUUAUUAGAUGUAAUGUCUACUAUAAAUAUGAUAGCAUUUUAAAGCAUGCAAGGUCUCCACCUUGUGAAAGUCGGCAAGGUAUAUGACCUGGCUCUCGUACAGUGAUGCGUCGAUGAGCAUGGCAAGUGGCAUCAUUCCACUAUGUGCACAAAGUUUCUAGUGAUAAGGUCUUAGUAUUUUAUAAUGAAGUAUACCAUUCAAAUGUUGUUGAUACCCUGCAAAAAUGUAGAUGAAGAAGCCUGUUUUGGGGGUAAAGUAAUAAACUUGGAUCUAUGGACAGUAAUUUACUUUUUCGUUAGUAAAAUUAUAACUGACAAACUAUUUGUUAAAGGUUGAAGACUUGAUUAUGCUUAGACCUCGUAAAUGUUCUUGUGCACCUGUGAUGGUUAUAGUUGUGAACAUUUGUUCAUCAAGGAUGCUUUAUUAAUGUUGCAUUGCAAGUGUCUUGCAAAAUUUCAUAAGUACAGUACUGCAUAACAUUAAAUUGUAAAUUUGAAUUUCUAGAUGAAAAGGGAUUAGUCUGAUGCAUUCUUUAUGUAGACAGGAAGUGCAUGGCAGGUGCAUGUUUUAGUAGUAAAACUAGAAUGCAGCCCGGUACAGAUUGGUGUACCUUGUAGGAGUUUGCUUUUUAUAUACAGUAUAUAUAUAUAUUUAUAACAAUACUCAAGUUUUUAGGAAUGGUAUUUUAAAGUGAAUAAGUUACAUAAAUAAUUUAAAUAUUAUAUGAAUGUGUUAGUGCUCUGUAGGUGGAAUAUAAUUGUGUAGAUAUACUUGUUACCAAAUUACAUUAUAAAGUACAGUACUACAUUUAAGGAGGGGUGCUUGUUAGACGUGGUUGCUUGCUAUAUAGACCCUUAUGUUCUCGUACAAUUGUAUCUUUUGCUGUGAAUUUGUAUAAAAUAAACUUAUUGCUUUC